AUGGUAGUAUUUGCGAGUAAAACCUGGCGGAAUCUCACCGACAAGGUUAUUGGUGUGAAGGCGAUAUCAUCGGACCCUCUUGAGAAGCAGAGGGCCGCAUUAUUGGACCAUGCGGCAAAGGCUCAAUAUUCUCCGGCGAUAUCCCUUUUCGCGGACCAGCUGAUGAGAUGUCAGCAGUCUGCACAGGCGUCAAGACCGCAGCUACAGGUUGCUGUGGGGGAGGCACAUAAGUUGGUACAGCGGAAUGCCGACUUACAGCAGAAGCUGAAGGACCGCGAUAGGGCGUAUGCUGACCUCGACCAUUAUAAUCACAAGAUAGAGGACCUCAAGACGGAUGCUUCCAAGCGGUCUAAGAAGGAUCUUAAGGCUGAGGAGAGGCUCUCACGAAAUGUCGAGAAGCAUCGUAUGGCGCAAGAGUCUUUCAUCAAGUUGGACAACAAAGUUAGAGCGGAAAUGUCCGAGCUACUCGAAGGGAAGGAGGCUGACUUCGCCAAGAUCGUCGCUGAGUACUCUCGGUAUCUGGGAGUAACGGCAUCAGCAGGGAUGCAGGGCAUCACCACAUUCACAGACCAAGUGCCGACGAUGGUCAGGCAGCAGGUCGAGCGGGAUGAAGACCCCUUCCCAUUUCACAACCAGAAUUCCAAUGGCUCAAUCAUGAACCAGUCCAUGUCGGGAAUAGCGACUUACGAUAUGUCUAUGAAUGAACAGAAGAGAGAUGCCCCUUCGGCCCCCUUCAUGCUGGUGUAA